AUGGGACUUGCAUAUAUCUUCGAGCUCCCAGCAAAUGUUAAGGUUUCUUCAACGGCCGGCUUGAAGCUCGCAAUUGGAGGCGAGGUUACGGAUGUCGUGACAAUAAAGUUCCCGUGGAACUCAACCAAGACUAGACUCCUUCUCGCUGAAGGUGGACACCGCAUUGAACUAAAGGACUCUCCAUCGUUCUUCUACGAGCACGUACUGGCAAGUGACGAUGCGCGUGACAAGCUAAGCCGCUGGAUAUCAGCAGCCCGCAGCGAGAAGGUCAGAUCGAGCUUCUGGUGCCGCAAGCCCAAGAUCUGGAUGCUCACAGGCAUCUACACCUUCCGCAAUGCUACCUGCACUGAUGUGGAAAAUGCCUCCCUUGGCGCCGAAUUAGGCUUGAGCUCAGCGCUGGUAGCGGCCGCAACGGGUAUCUCCGUCGGGCCGCUGGCCGAAGUUGCGGUCGAAAAUGGCAUCGAAAUCACGCUCCCAAUGGCGGGCGAUCUAGUAUGGGCUGCUCAAUGGCAGCAGGUGAAUCUCGAAGGUUUGUGGUACCGGGAAGGCAUCAAGGGGAGCUGGAAGUUGCCGCUCUCGAUCACACUGUAUGAGGAUCGUUUUAGCGCCGGCGCGAUGCACGGGGGGUCCGGCGACGAAGUGGCAUUCCUAGAGGUGGGGGAGACAGUCUAUGGAGACGAAGACGAGGCAGAGGAAGAUCUCCAUAUUCAGCCAGUGGAUGAGUACGACGAGCUGCUGGAAGAGACGAUUCAGUUCUUUGAAAAAAGUAUCGAAGAAGAGGCAAGGAAGGAAGCAGACCCAGAAUAUCAGGCGCGGAAGAGGAAGGCCCUGGAUGCAGAAGCUAAGGCCCGAGAGGAGUUUCAUUAUGCUUGUCAGAACUUCCCUGUGGGAUCAAAGGAGCGAGAAGAGACUUAUGUUGCUCUGGGCCUUGCAAACGAAGCAGUCCGCCAAUUUCGUCUCGAAAAGGUCUGGAUAUAG